AUGAAAAAAUUUGUUUUAGUGGCAUCUACAGAUUCGGAUUCUUUUAUCAGUGAUAUGAGAGCCCUGCCAAUGCAAGUAAAGGGAAUGCCGAGGCGACCAUUUCCGCAGCAAUACAUUCCGCAAGGACAUCGUGGUGGUCGACGUUUUGAAGACUCAACGUUGGGCUCUGAGAGUGACGCACGGUUGUUUUCGGAUGAUGACGACCGUUCGAGGGUUUCAACUUCUACUGACAUUACCAGCGUUUCUCGACAGCAUCAUGCUCCUGCAUAUCGUAAACGCCGAAAUCGUCGACGAUUUCGGCAACCUUCAAGAGCUUCAUCCUUUAGUAGCAUAACAGAAAGCUCAAUGUCAUUGGAUGUAAUCACAGUAACAUUGAAUAUGGAUACGGUGAACUUUUUGGGUAUUAGUAUUGUUGGACAAAGCUCAUCUCGUGGUGAUAAUGGCAUUUAUGUUGCUAAUAUCAUGAAAGGAGGUGCUGUAGCAUUAGAUGGAAGAAUUGAGCCGGGUGAUAUGAUUUUACAAGUGAACGAUAUUUCAUUCGAAAACUUCACGAACGAUCAGGCAGUAGAUGUUUUGCGUGAAUCAGUUGCACGGAGAGGACCAAUUAAGUUAACAGUAGCUAAGAUGUGGGAUAGUGGGCCAAGAAGUGCAUUCACUGUCCCUCGACAUCGGGAUGAACCGGUGCGGCCUAUUGAUACUCAAGCCUGGAUACAGCACACUAAUGCUAUGCGCGGGAUGCCAUCCAUUCUCGAAGGAUCUGAAGGCGCUCCAACUCCGAUACCUGGUCAAUACGGUCGGCCUGCAAGUAGCAGCACUGCAACAUCAAAUGGUUCUGUUCCAAAUACUAUCGUUGGCGGAGCCCAUUUUCGGUUAGAUGCUAUGACGGACAAAAAGAAAGUUGUCCAAAUGAUGGUUAUGCCAAAUUCUGGAUUAGAUAUCAAAAAUCGCACUUGGCUUAAGAUUCCGAUUCCUAUGUCUUUCCUUGGCAGUGAUUUGGUUGAUUGGUUAAUGGAACAUGUUGAUGGUCUCCGUGAUCGAAAGGAUGGACGUAAAUUUGCUGGCGAAUUGUUGAAAGAGAAGUUAAUCAGUCAUGUAGUCAAUAAAAUUACAUUCACUGAACAAUGUUACUAUAUUCUUGGUGAAGAAUGUGCUGAUUACGCACGCUUGCGGCAGAACCCUGGAGGUGAUGAUCCGGGUGUUCGAAGCGAAGUGGGUUCAGUAUUGCCACCACCACCACCAGGGCUUGUUGCUGCUGCUGCAGCGCAGCAAAGUGGACGUGCUUGGCCUCAGCCAACAAUGAUACCGCAGAGUGCACCUUCAAUG